AUGACAGACCGACUGCGAGGAACAGCCAAACUGCCAGACCUAUCGCUACAUAUCGUUGACAUUAAUGGGGAUGACAUAAACGAGGUGUCCUUAGGGGACACACUUCGAGUUCAAGUGCGGAUGAGUGACGAGGGUAUCAAUACAUCGAUUAUCACUAAUAGAUUGGCAAACAUUUAAAACAAAUGCCUUUAAACUGUGAUUUGACAUUCAUUUGCAGCCACUUUUGGUAUAUUUGUGCGAAAUCUGAUCGCAAAGGACGGACUGGGAGGCACUAAUAACCUCACUCUCAUCGAUAACUCGGGAUGUCCGGUUGAGGCGAAAAUGAUGAGAGAGGUCCGGACGAUCACCAAAGACGAGAAGUCUCUGGAGAGCUAUUUGGAGGCCUUUACGUUCACUGGGAGUCAGAUGUUGGAGAUCGAGGCAGAAGUGGAGACCUGUCUCGACAAAUGCCGACCCGUUCAGUGCAAAAUCGUAACCGGCAGAAGUGAUGACGAGUACGAAACGGUCACAUCU